AUGCGCUCGCAGAAGGAGGGAGAGGGGGGCCCAGGGUUGCCCGUUACUACGCGGGGUCCGAGCGGGAAGGAGAAGCCGUCGCCCACAGAAAGCCACUUCCGCCGGGAGUCUCAGCGGCGGGAGCCUGAAGCGCCAGUAGCCUGGCCCUCCGGCUGUGGGGGCGGUGCAGUCGAACCUCGCGAGGAAAAGAGGACGGUCCUCAGCAAGGUGGUCAUCCGGCGGCUUCCUCCCAGCCUCACCAAGGAGCAGCUGGAACAGCAGCUUCACCCCCUUCCUGCACACGAUUACUUCGGGCUCUUUACUGCUGAUCUCAGUCUUUAUCCUCAUCUCUAUUCAAGAGCAUACAUUAAUUUUAGAAAUCCUGAUGACAUCCUGCUUUUUAGAGAUCGUUUUGAUGGCUAUAUCUUCAUUGACAGUAAAGGCCUAGAAUAUCCUGCAGUGGUAGAAUUUGCUCCAUUCCAGAAGACAGCCAAAAAGAAGCUAAAGAAAAAAGACACCCAAGCUGGAAGCAUUGAAGAUGAUCCAGAAUAUAAGAAGUUUUUAGAAACUUACUGUGUGGAGGAGGAGAAAACUAAUGCCAAUCCUGAAACUCUUCUGGGGGACAUAGAGGCAAAGACAAGAGAACUUAUUGCUAGAAGAACCACACCUCUUUUGGAGUACAUUAAAAGUAGAAAAUUAGAAAAGCAGAGAAUUCGAGAAGAAAAGCGAGAAGAACGGAGGAGGAGGGAGUUGGAAAGGAAGCGCUUACGGGAAGAAGAGAUAAGAAGGAGAAGGGAAGAGGAGAGAUGUAAGAGGAGAGCAGCGGAAAAACAGCAGAAAACUGCUGAGAAAGAAGUAAGGAGGAAGCUUCUCAAGAAAUCAGAAAAGGGAGAGGAGUCAAGCACUGAGAAGCCAAAAGAAAGAGGAGAGGAAAUUGACACCAGAGGUGGGAAACAGGAACUCGGUCCCAGCUGUGUAGUCGUGAAGCCCAGGCCCUUGGAGAGCUCGCUGCAGGAGCUCAGGGAAAAGUCAGAAAAUGACAGUGAUAAAGAGCAAAGGGGCGUGGAGAGAAGAUUCCGAGAAAAAGAACUUGAAGCACAAAGAUGCCCCUUGGAUGACAGCAGAAAACAUAGAGCUCACUAUGAGUUGGAUAAGUUUUCAGGAAGAAGCAAAGAAGAGCUGGAAAGGGGGAGAGGAUUCACCCCAGACCGAGGGAAGAAGGGGAGCCAGGAUGGGGGCGGCCCUGUGGGGGCAGCGGAGACACCAGGAAGGGAGGAGAGCGAGGAUGAGGUGGCACCCAAGGAGGAGGACGCGGGGAGCCAGGACCGACCAGGCUUGCAGCUGUACCAGCCCAGAGGUGGCAUCCGAGCCCGUGAAUGUGAUGGAAGACCCCCUGAGGAGGGCCGUGACGGGAGGAGGGGUGAGGUGGAAGAUUCACCAGGGGCUGGAGCUGAGAAGAGCGAAGAGGCAGAGCUUUUGACAGCUGCCCAAUGUCAUCCAAAUCAGGAAAGGAGAAGAUCUGAAGGAUUAUGUUGUCAGGCCUGUGAACUAGCAAGUCAAACUGCCCCUGACACACAUUCAAAGGAUAAUCCAGUACUUCUUUCUCAAGCACUUUCUCCAUCUGCCCUAAACAUCAGUGAGAAAGAGAAACAGACUAAAUUAUGA